AUGAAACAGGAAUGGAAAACAAUAGAAGGCAAUAUUUCUACGGUGACACAAUUUAUCCUGCUGGGAUUUUCUGAUCUUUCAAAUCUCCAAGGGUUUUUGUUUGGAUUGUUCCUCAGCAUUUAUAUGAUUAUUGUGAUUGGAAAUAGUCUCAUUAUAGUACUGAUCAAAAUUGAACCUGCACUACAAAAACCAAUGUAUUUUUUCUUGGCAAAUUUUUCUUUUUUGGAAAUCUGUUACGUGUCUGUCAUUCUCCCUAGGAUGUUGGUGAACCUUUGCACUCAGGAUAGAAGUAUUUCUUUACUGGAAUGUGCCACCCAAAUGUGUUUCUUUCUUAUGUUGGGCGCCACUGAAUGUUUCCUCCUGGCGGUGAUGGCUUAUGACCGCUAUGUGGCCAUCUGUAACCCUCUGCACUAUCCUCUAGUCAUGAAUCAAAAGAUGUGUACCCAGUUAGCAGUUGGCUCCUGGAUCAUAGGAAUGCCCAUCCAGAUAGGGGAAACAGCUCAGAUUUUUUCCCUGCGGUUUUGUGAUUCAAAUACAAUUAAUCACUUCUUUUGUGACAUCCCUCCCAUUAUCAAACUGGCCUGUGGGGACACAUCUCUUAAUGAGAUUAUUACCUUCGUACUAGCUGUGGUGAUUGUUUCAGUCCCUUUUACGUUAAUACUCGCGUCAUACAGCAAAAUCAUUUCCACCAUUCUGAAAUUACCAACGGCCUCGGGAAGAGCUAAAGCCUUCUCCACAUGUUCUUCGCACCUUCUGGUAGUGCUUUUGUUCUUUGGCUCUGCUACCAUCACCUACUUCAGUCCUAAAUCCAAUCAUUCUGCAGGAAGAGACAAGCUGCUUUCCCUUUUCUAUACCAUUGUGACUCCCAUGUUUAAUCCCAUGAUAUACAGCCUCAGAAAUAAGGAAGUUAUUGCAGCAUUGAGAAAACUAUUGUUUAAAAAAUAG